AACUCUCACUCAACGCUUGGAGGUAUAUUAAACCAACUGUCAUGCUUGUUUCAUGAGGCCAGGUGCCUCGUUGCUCAGCUCUUAAUUCUGACGUGUCGCCUCCCCAUCUAAUUUCUUCCCUUCAAUUACUCGUAUCUUGUUAUCCCUUAUCGCAUUGAAUGAGCGAGGAAUGACGUCUCUCCGUUCUUGCAUAGUCGAUUUCAUUUACGAAUCCUUGAUUGUCUGAUGUUCACGGUGGGACCGGCCGAUCGAGUCCUCCUUCGCCAUGGUCGCCCCAAGGAACGCCGCAUACGCUGAGGAGAGUGCAGAGGUUGAGGUUCUCUACGCCAAUCUUGAGAAGCUCAAGCUCCUCACCAAGAAAAUCCAGGGCUCCUUGGUGCGUCUUGAAACCGGUGGGAACGUGGUCAAGCAUGCCAUCGGUCCUAUCUACAGUAAUACCCAGUCCCUCCAGAUCACCAACAGCAACAUUGAAAAGGUCAAUGAAGCUAUUGAGCGCCUGCGCCAACCCCUCAAUGCCAAAGGUCAAGAAGAAGGCAUUAUCCGUUCUGACCCUCAGAGUGUCGGAGUGUCGCAAUAUCUUUCGGCUGUGAGACGUGUAGAAAAGGCGCUCGCGGACUUGAACUCGACCAAUCUGCGAUCCAACCAGAAAGCAAUCACGGACUUCAACUCUUUACUGAGCCUCGGCAAUUCGCAACUUCAAGACUUGCUCCGCAGCCGGCUGAGCGAAAAUGUCGGUGCCAUCGAGCCAUUACACUACUUAACCAAAGAGCUUCCGUUCCCCUCACUCCCCGACGACGUCCUCACCGAAUUAGGACCCGUGUGCGCCACCAUUGCCUCUGCAGCAAGCUAUGGGCCUCAACGAGACGGCGGGAAUCCCGCGCUCAAGAUAUAUUCCGAUUUACGUGGACCGUAUAUAACGGCGAGUUUGCAGAACCUUGCUAUAGCGUCAUUGAAUACCGUCAAGAGAAGAGCUGCGGACGGCCCUUACCGACAAGGCACAAAUGGCAUCGGCAUCUACUCCAAUGCCUUGGAGAGCUUCAUCUACACGGAACAUGAUAUGAUUGUGAGGAUAUUCACUGGGGGAGAGCGUGGUCUGGCCCUGCAAGCGACGUGUCGCUCGGCCUUGACUGAGUACUCGCAGACACUUCGUGAGCUCAAUCACUACAUCCGAGCCAACCUAAUGACGGACUGUUUUCUGGCUUUCGAGAUUAUCGAAAUCGUUACUGCGAUGUCUUAUCGCGUCGAUUCAAAGACAGGAGAACUUAAGAGCUUGUUUAUCGAGGCGCUGAGGCCUGUCCGUGAAACAGCCAAAUCAUCCCUCUCGGAGCUCCUCGAAGAAACGAAGCGCAAGGCCGCAGGUAUAUCUAUGCUGCCUCCGGAUGGCGGAUCAGUGCCUCUUGUGGGCGAGGUGAUGAGCUCUCUGGCCACAUUAACUGGAUACUCCGGACCCCUGGCAUCGAUCCUGACCUCUUUGGGUGACGGAAACUGGCAUUCGACCGCCAACGCAGCCACUACACCCUUGGAUGUCAGCCCCGACAGUUCGACCCUGUUGUCGCAUUUCAUUCUUGAUAUGAUCGAAGCCCUAAUGAUCGCGCUUGAGGCACGAGGUCGAGCACUUCACCGCUCCAAGGCAGUACAGGGAGUGUUUCUGUCAAACGUCUUUUGCACCGUGGACCGCUCUAUCAGGUCGAGCCCAGAGCUAGCCAAAUAUCUUGGCUCUGGAGACAGCAUUGCACGGAUCGACUCCUUCCGGAAACGGGCGACAUCGACAUAUCUUGAUGCUUGGAAGGAGACAUCUCACUACCUUCUCGAUGUGCAGUACACCUCCCGUGGUUCCGGUCGGCCAACGUCCGGAGGCGUGGUUGAUUCCAGCGCCAUUGUCAAAUCGCUGUCGUCGAAAGAUAAAGACGCAAUCAAAGACAAAUUUAAGGCAUUCAACGCCAGUUUCGAAGAUCUGGUGACUCGCCAUAAGGCUCUUUACAUGGAACGCGAGGUGCGCGGGGUUCUCGCUCGGGAAGUGCAGGCAGUCCUGGAGCCUCUCUACGCGCGGUUUUGGGAUCGUUACCAUGAAAUCGACAAGGGCAGAGGCAAAUAUGUAAAAUUCGACAAAGCAAGUCUCUCUGCGCAGUUGGCAGCGCUGGGAUGAAUGCGGGCCAAACCCGCAACGAGCACUGUGGGGUCCGCCGUACCGAAUGCAGGAGGUUGGUCGUGUUGAUCAUUUACCUUCUAAUGGUUGGGUGGGAAUAAACGAGGGCCAAUUGGCGGAUAUAGGUUUCUUCUCGUCAUGUUUUAUUCUAACUAGAUUAUUUU